UUUGAGCAUUCCAGCUCCCUUCUCCACAUAAAAUCAUGGUGCCCAUUUCUCUCCUUGUUUUUUCCUGUGUAAUUAUAUCCUCCUCCAUUGUUCAGUCUAGCACAGAUGCAGAUCAGUACAGCCCUUAUGAAGGACGACAAGGAAGGUAUGAAGAAGGAGAUAAUCCAUAUGUAUUUGACAGAGAGAGAUUCAGGACUAUUUCAAGCUCUAGAGCUGGAGAAAUCAAAGCUCUGCCUAACUUCAGGCAACAAUCUGAGCUGUUCAAAGGGAUUGAAAAAUAUAUAAUCACUUGCAUUGAAAUGAAGCCCAACUCCUUGUUGAAACCUCACUGCAUUGAUGCAGACUGGGUGCUCUUUGUUGUUGAAGGAAGUGGUCACAUAGCCUAUGUGCAGCAGGAGAGUAAUAAUUUGGUGCAGAGGAGAUUAGAGGAAGGAGAUGUAUUUGUGGUUCCCGCUGGUCAACUUUUCUAUCUCAUAAACAGUGGUGGUCGACAAGUAUUCCGCCUUGCCAAUCUUCUCUAUAACGGGGCCACUCCAGGACAAUAUCAGCCUUUUUAUGUGGCAGGAGUUAGAAAUCCUGAGUCUGUUUUCUCAGCACUCAGUCGUGAAGUUCUGGAAGCUGCCUUUAAUAGCAAGGAAGGUGUUGAACAAAUGCUGAGUGGAAAAGAGGAGCAGAAUCCGGGAGCUAUUAUUCAACUACAUCCAGAAGAGUUAGAGAGGAUUACAGGGGCGCAAUCUAGAGAAUCAAUGCCUGCAGGACAUGAGCAGAAUCCCUUCAACAUUUUAAGUCACAGACCAACUUUCCAGAAUAACUAUGGCAAAAUUAUUGAAGUUGAUGAAAGAGAGCAUUCUCAGUUAGGCCUACUAAAGGUCGUCGUUGCAGCUACAAUCCUGGAAUCUGGAUCCAUGUUAGUUCCUAAUUACAAUACAAGAGCCACUAAAUUUGGCAUAGUUAUCAAUGGUGAGGGGAUCCUAGAAAUGGCAUGCCCACAUCUUGCAGGCGGAGGUGGGGGAAGAUCUUAUGGAGGAGGAGGAGGAGGAGGGCAAGGGCAAUAUGAAGAAGGACAACAAAGAGACAUUUCUUACCAAAAAGUGAGGGCAAGACUAAGACCAGGCAUUGUUUUCAUGGUUCCAAGAGCCCAUCCCUACACUACAAUUGCUUCUCCAGGUCGCCCACUUCUCAUCUUAUGCUUUGAGGUCACUGAUCAUCGCAAUAUAAGGAAGUUCCUCACAGGAAAAAACAAUGUACUUAAAGAGUUAGACAAGAGAGUUCUUGGGAGAUCUUUCGGGAUACAUCCAGAAGAGAUGAGUAGAAUUUUGGAAUCACAAAAGAAUGAAGUGAUUGUGAGGGGACCAAAUCAGAUGGGUGAUAACCAAGGCCCAAUGAGCUUCUAGGCUUACUACUACAUAAAUAUAUGUAUAGAUACAUAUAUACAAUAAUGAACCUUUGGGAGUGUGAAUAUUUUGAUCUAA